GAGAGAGAGAGAGAGAGAGAGAGAGCUUUAUAGCAGAGAUGGGUGGAGAGAGGAGCAAGGUACUGGAGGGUUUGUAUGAGUUGAAGCCAGCUCUAAUGAUGGUGGUUGUUCAAAUUGUUUUUGCCGGAGUCAAUGUGUUCUACAAAUUGGCUGCCAACGAUGGCAUGAACUUGAAAAUCAUUAUAGCUUAUCGCUUCGUUUUCUCCACUGCUUUUAUUCUACCCCUUGCCUUCUUCAUUGAAAGGAGAAUUAGGCCAAAGCUGACUUGGAUGAUUCUUUUUCAGGCCUUUUUAUGUGGGUUAUUUGGGGGAUCACUGGCACAAAAUCUAUAUAUUGCAAGUUUAGAUGUAACAUCAGUAACAUUUGCGUCCGCCAUGAACAACCUCAUUCCUGUUAUAACAUUCAUCUUAGCAGUCUCCUUCAGGUUAGAGAAGCUGAACUUGGGAAGCUCAUCAGGGAAGGCUAAGGUAUUGGGAACACUACUUGGAAUAGGCGGAGCAAUGCUUCUAACCUUUUACAAAGGAAUCCAAGUCAAUAUUUGGUCAACGCACGUUGAUCUUUUGAAGCACGGUCAGCAUCAACAGAGCCACGUGGCAUCACCAAAGGAUGACUUUGGUAAUCCUGUCUUGGGGUGCUUAUUGUCUGUGGGCAGUUGCACCAGUUACUCUUUAUGGCUCAUCGUUCAGGCUAAAAUGACCAAGAUUUAUCCUUGUUAUUAUUCAAGCACAGCUCUUAUGUCAUUAAUGGGAUUAAUUCAAACAGCAGUUUAUGCUUUAUGGACAGAGAGGGAUUUGAACCAAUGGAAGUUAGGUUGGAAUAUUAGGCUUCUCAGUGUGGCAUACACGGGUGUUACAGCUUCAGGAUUAGGGGUGAUACUGAUUGCGUGGUGUGUGCACAUGAGAGGUCCAGUGUUCGUCUCUGUUUUCAAUCCUCUCAUGCUUGUUUUAGUAGCUAUUGCUGGCUCCCUUAUUCUCGACGAGAAGUUACACCUAGGCAGUGUAUUAGGGGCAGUGUUGAUAGUGUUUGGAUUAUAUCUGGUGCUGUGGGGAAAAGGAAAAGAGAUGAAGAAGAAACUUCAGCUAGCACCAACGUCACGUAGCUUUGAUGAUCCACCCGAAUCAAUCGGCAUUGUUGUGCUUGCCCCUACUAAUCCCAACAAAAUAAUCAACACCAACCAAGGAAGCACAACUACAGAGGCGCCUAAUGCUUUGUCGUGCCAAUAAUAGCUCAUCUGUAAAGGAGCAUCAUCAAGCCAAUGAUUUGGGAAGAACAGAAAGAAAAUAAAAUCAUCUUAAAUUUGUAAAAUCUUAAAUUGGUUUUCUCUAUAAACAAUGCAUUUUACACUCAAAACUUUCUGUCUUGACCAAUUAAAAUAAUCCUGUAAACUUACGAGACGCUUCUUUCUCAAAGUUAACACGACCUUCUUUGAGCUGGGUUAGCCCUA